AAAACAGUCUCGGGGUUAAGGCUUUAGUGAUUUAAUCCAGAGGAAAAUGACUUAUUUUAAAAAGCGGUGAAAAACACCGCAUUCCUUUGGCACAGGAUGAAGACCAGCUCAGCUCUUCAGCGUUGAUCUUUGUCUAUUGUUCUCCAAACAGUAAACCACUAUUUCACACCGAUUGUCGGAGGCUGUUAUAUUUCAAGUCCCCAGCUCCUCAUGAAUAUGAAGUGAAGGGCUCUGACCCAGAAACUGGUUCUAAGCAGGGCACAAUGCGGUCUCGGAAGUGUGGAUACUGUCUGAGUAGUCUACUGAUUCCGCUUGCACUUUGGAGUAUCAUUGUGAAUAUAUUAUUGUAUUUCCCAAAUGGGCAAACUUCCUAUGCAUCCAGCAAUAAACUCGCCAACUACGUGUGGUAUUUCGAAGGAAUCUGUUUCUCAGGUGUCAUGAUGCUUGUAGUAGCAGCAGUCCUUCUUGUCCUGGAGAAUGACAGCAAGUAUACAUGUUGUCAGAGUGAAAACUGCAGCAAAAAAUACACGACACUGCUGUCAAUGAUCUUUUCUGCCCUCGGAAUUGCUUUUUCGGGAUACUGCCUGGUCAUCUCUGCCUUGGGUCUUGUCCAGGGCCCAUACUGCCGUACUCUCAAUGGCUGGGAGUAUGCCUUUGAAGACACUGCAGGACGUUUCCUUAUAGAUUCCAGUAUGUGGGUUUGGUGCCUGGAGCCUGUACAUGGAGUGGAGUGGAACAUCAUUUUAUUUUCCAUUCUCGUAACCCUCAGUGGGCUUCAAGUGAUCAUCUGCUUCAUCAGAUUGGUCAUUCAGUUAUCCAGGAUAUUGUGUGCAAGUUACUCAGUCAUCAUCCAGCCUGGAAUCAUUUGAAAAAAGACAAAAAUGUUUUUUCCAUUAUCAAGAUAUAUCUGUUUAAGUCUAUGUCCACUGUAUAGAUUUGAGGGCAAGAUUCUCCAUUUGUGUUUAUUGUGCUCAUCUGUGAAAUUUGCAGUCCUCAUUCAACAUGCAAUUAGAAUGUUUUUUCUAAGCAACAUGUGUCAGGAACUCUAGAAAUGCUUAUUCCCUUUGAUCAAACAAAUCUAUUUCCAAGAAUCUAUAGUAGAGAAAUUAAUAAGAAUGCAAGAUAAAACUAUGUAAAAAUGUAUAUUGUAACACUGUUUUAUGUUCUCAAAAAUUAGGAAUAUCCCAAAAGUCUAACUUUAGAGGAAAGAUUAAAUAAAAAGUGGUACAUUCUGCAAAUGUUUUCUUAUGUUAAAAAGAUAAAAAUAAAAAUAAAGAGUGGUAAAUUGACUAUAAAACUAUAUAGUAGCUCUAACUGGUGUUUUAAAGAUUAUGAAUAAUGCUACAUGAAAAAGCAAGUUACAAAUUUACAGUGUAACUAAAACAAACAAAACACCAAAUAAUCAAAAUCUAGGCUCAAAACUAAAUCUAGAAGGAAACACACCAAAAUGCCAACUGUGGUUGUUUUGGGUCAUGGAAAACCCUUCUUUUUACUUCCUAUUUUCCUUUAUGGAAUGUGUUUUAAACUCAUAUUUUACUAUUAAAAAUGUUCUCUUUUUAAAGGCAUACAUUCUUUCCCCAUGUUUCCCAGUGUUAUCUGCAAACAUUAUGGGAAUGACCCUGUAAUCAAUAAUCAGUGAGGAAGGUAGUAAUACAGAUACUCCAAAAAGAGUUUUACAGAAACUUACACAAUCUAACUAAACUCUUGGUCUUAUUUCCUCACUCCUGGUGGUAAGUGUGGAGGGCUAGACGGGGUAGCUUCAAGAUAAGUGAGCAGCUGGGGACAUAGUCAAUGGACUAAAGAAAAUGACCAUUGUACCUGUGUCAUGGGCAGUUACCAGAACCUGGGUUUAUUAAAAAGAAAGAUUAAAAAGUAGAACAUUUACAGACUUCUCACUACACAUGCCAUGGCUUCCUUGGGGACAACAGCCAUAUCUUCAAAUUUUCCCAAUGUCCAUAGGGUCUGGCGUAUGGUGGACCCAGUAGGUCCUCAAUCUUGAACACUCUUGCCAGACCUUCGGCCCUGUGUGGUUGCUUUGCUGUGGCUCUACCACAUGUCCACUGGGCCUCAACACUUCUGCCACUUCUCCAUUGCUCUACCACAUGGGCAACAUCAACAGUGUUCUGUCAACACCUACUUCGUGCCAAAGUCAGAGAGUGGGUUGGGGGAAAGUGAAACCACAUUUGUAAGUAACCAUCUUAAAAUAACGAUGUGUAGACAUGUCCACACCUUCAGAUAUAUCCAUAUAUGAUUGGGAAAAUAUUUAAAAGUUAAUAGUCAAUAAUUAUCAUCUGAUGAUUGGAUUAUGAAUUAGAUUUCUUUUCUUUACUCUGCUCAAUCAUUUCAAAACUGCCUUUGAAAAUGUGUUCCAUAUGUGACACUUUAGACUCCUCACCCAAAAGAAGGACAUUUUCUGACUGUACUAAAUAAAGCACAUGCAAAUCUCAAAAGUAAAAUAAAAGUGUUUCAUACUUGAAUUAUUAGAAAA